AUGAAAAAUUGUCUAUUGAUUGCAUUAAUCAUCAGUGUUACGACUGAUGCCCAACAAAGUAGAUGCAAUGAUAAACUUUCUUGCGAUUGUGGUACUUCGAAGAUUGAAAAAAGUUCACGGAUUAUCAACGGUGAAGAAGGGGUUCCUUGUAGUUGGCCGAUGCUAGUAUCUAUUCGCUAUGAUUUACUUCAUAUUGGUAGUGCUGCAAUGCAUAUCUGUGGAGGAACUAUAGUUUCGGAUUCGUAUAUUCUUACUGCAGCAAGCUGUUUUGACGGAAUAACGAAUGAUAUAAAACUUGCUAAUGUAACAAUUGCUGCUGCUAUGCACAAUAGAUCUGCACCAAAUCAAAUAAUCCGAUAUGUCGAUCAAGUUAUAAUUCAUCCUAACUGGGACAUUUCAACGAGCAGACAUCAAUACGAUAUUGCUUUGGUUCAUCUAUCCACACCACUUGAUGUAGAGACACAUCACUGUAUAACUCGCACAUGUCUCCCACCGCAAUUACAUCUUACUGAAGAACUGUUGCAAUAUCCAUCUGGAGAUGAACAAUUAAUUGUUGUUGGAUGGGGUCGUACACAUCCAAGUGGCGAUGACUCCGACGUACUACGACAAGCAUUAGUUGUUUCGAUCGAUUACAAUAACAGUGAUUUUGGUGGUCCAAUACUACACUGGAUUGGUGUCCGUUGGGAACAAGUUGGUAUUGCAUCCUACACACCAGAUGCUUGUAAAGAAAAUUCUGUUAUUAUUUAUACACGAACUGCAUAUUACCGUAGUUGGAUCGAAGAACAUAUAAAAACUGAUGAUAAAACGACAGAAGAAAUAAUUAUCCUACCAACUCUUCCACCAAUAAAUAUAACAGAUCCACCUUUAACGACUUAUCAAUGUAAUAAAUACGAAGUACCAUGUGGUUGCGGUCGUAGAAGUGUUCAAUUUCCUCAAUUAGAUACUAUCAUUGAGAGCGAAGCAGUACCGUAUAGUUGGUCUAUGAUUGUUUCGAUACGUAUGAAUGGUAGUAAUAAGCAUUCGUGUAGUGGAUCGAUUCUAACUGAAUAUUAUAUCUUAACAUCAGCUUCAUGUAUUGCGAAUGUACCAUCAUUUGGUAUCACUAUUGUAGCUGGUAUUCAUAAUUAUUCAGAACACGAUUCGACAUAUAGAAAAAUCGAUCAAAUAUUUUUACAUCCAAAUUAUAUGGGAGUAUCAGAUAAUUAUGCAAAUGAUAUUGCAAUCUUGCAUAUGUCUCAACCAUUAGAUUUCGAUAACGAUCCUUUUGUUAGUCGAACAUGUGUACCUGAAAAACGUGAACCCAUAUUCAAUUCAACGACUAAUCCAGAACAUGAAUUAGAUCUAGCACUUAUCGGAUGGGGUUCUAUGAAUUGUCAAAAUAAAACUGUUCAGGAUUUACUUCAGCAAGUUCAAAUAUAUUCUAUAGAUCAUACAGAAAAGUCUUGUUUUAUAUUGGACAAGCAUCGUGAUAUUCAGUUUUGUGCAGGUGUAAAAGCAGGUAGCACAGUUCCAUGUGUUGGGGACACUGGAAGCCCAAUAUUUGAAUGGUUGGGCGAUCGUUGGCAACAAGUCGGAAUUGCAUCACAUACAAUCGAUUGUACUCCCCUGAAAAAUGCAGGAAUCUAUACAAGAAUUGUGGAAUAUAAUGAUUGGAUUCAAUCUAUCAUUAAUAAUUGUACAAUACCAUCUCCUUCACGAACUACAACUACAACUACUACUGUUAGUAUGACAACAAAAUCCGUAAAACCUUCUGUUGAAUAUCGGUGUAAUACAACAUCAACAUGUGGUUGUGGUGCUACUCCUGUAGCUAUUACACCAACACGUAUAGUAGGCGGUGAAGAUGCCCGAGAGCACAGUUGGUCAAUGAUAGCUUCUUUACGUCUAGAAUUUCCGGAUUCGCAUGAUUGUGGUGGAACUAUAUUGUCUAACUCUUACAUUCUUACAGCUGCUCAUUGCCAUACCGGACCCGUAUCGAAUCCAACAGUCGGUUUCUCUAUUGUAGUUGGUAUGACACAUAUUUCAGAUUCGAAAGUAAUUCGACGUACUGUUGAUAGAAUUUAUAUUCAUCCAAACUAUAUUGGUCCAGAGGAUGGUUAUCGCCACGACAUUGCUUUAUUACAUAUCAAUGAAUCACUAGUAUUUGAUCGGGAUCGAUUUUUAACAAAAUCAUGUAUACAUCCUGUUAGUUCACCAACAUUGAAUGAUAGAUAUAUUGAAAAUAAUACUCCACUUACUGUAAUUGGAUGGGGUAACUUAUAUGAAAGUUGGCUAUCACUAAUGCCAACAACGCUUCAACAAGUAGUGGUUUAUGCGAUGGAUAAUGACGAUCCCAUAUGUAGAGGUUCAAUCAAUGAUUCACAAUUACAAUUCUGUGCUGGAUUACCAGAAGGUGGAAAAGGUUAA